AUGUUAUUGCUUUCAAAAUAUACAAUUAUUUAUGAACUAGCAAAAGCAGUAAAGGGACAGGCGGUGGCAGAUUUCUUGGCAGCUCAUCCUGUAGCAGACAGUGAAAUGAUUAGUGAUGAUCUUCCAGAUGAACAAGUAAUGAUGAUUGAAUCACCUAAUUAUUGGCAAAUGUACUUUGAUGGUGCUUCUAGAUCUUCAGGAUCAGGUGCCAGAAUAAUAUUCAUCAGUCCCGAAGCAGCAACAGACUAUUUCUCCAAAUGGACCGAAGCGAUCGCAUUACGAAAUGUCAAAGACAAAGAUGUUGUGAAUUUUAUCCGACACGUGAUAAUAUAUCGCUACAGCAUUCCAAAAAGAAUCAUCACCGAUAAUGGUACUCCUUUCAAGAACAGAGGCAUGGAGAAAUUAUGCCAAAAUUUUGGCAUUCAACAUUCAUUUUCAAUGCCCUACUACUCAUCAGCCACUGGGUUAGCAGAGGCCUUCAACAAGACGGUUGUGAAAAUAUUGAAGAAAACUGUCACAGGAAAUAAGCGUGAUUGGGACGAGAAGCUACAAGAGGCUUUAUGGGCUUAUAAAACCACUCAUCGCACCACAACAAAAGCCACACCAUAUUCAUUGGUUUAUGGUGUUGAAGUUGCUAUCCUAAUUGAAAUGCAAGUCACAUCGCUUAGAGUGGUAGUACAUCAGUCAAUAACAGAUGAUGAAAAUGCAAGAAUAAGGCUGACCAAGUUGGAUAUGCUCGAUGAGAAACUCUUAGUAGUCCAACAACGAUUGGAACUUAGCAGGCAAAAAUUUAUGAUGCCUUCAAUAAGAAAGUUAAACAUUGCUCAUUUAAGAAAGGGGACAUGGUGUUAA